AUGUUGCAGACUACUGCCCAGCCUCAAGGGCGCUCUCGAUCAAAUAGCCUGCAGCAAAUGCUUGAUUUGGAGAAGAAGCUCAAUUUCCAGCGAACACAUCAAGGCUCUGUGCCUCCAUCUCAGGCAUGCAUUGAUACCUCUCCUCCAAAUCCCGCCCAUACUCCCCGCCGAUUCGAAUUGGUGCCAAAGGAUAAAAAAGUCCCUCUUCGAAACUAUUCCGCCAUUCCUCCGCCGCUUUUCUCAUCACAUUCGGAUCCUGUGCGGUCAGAGUCACCAAACAUGAUUCCUCGAAAACCUGUUGGGAAAGGCAUGUCCCAACCAGCCUCGACAGAACAGCUCAAGGACUCUCCGCCCGCUCAAAAGACAGUGGCAUUUGUGUUUCCUCCAGAUAUUGAAGAGAAGCGCGCUGCAUGUCAAUCGCCCACUUGGGAGGCAUAUAAUCGUCAAAAGAGGGAGAGGAAGGAAGAGAAACGAAGGGAGAUUGAAAAGAAGGAAGAAGAGAGGCGAAAAGAAAAAGAGAAAGAAAGGAUCCAGGUUAUGGAUCAAGCACUUGAAGAAGCCUGGAAGAAUGCCCCCAAGCCCCGUGGAAGAAAGCUUAGCAAACCUCCUCCGCCUUCACCAUCCGUCCUUGCUGCUCAAGGCCGUAGCGUCACUGAGCCAGUGCCCACAACACAGAAGCGAAGAUCGCGCUCGUCUAGUUUAUUAGGGUUUUCCAUUGGUAGAAACAAUGAUGAUCCCGAAGAACCCAAACGAAGCAGUCGAUCCAGCUCACUCUCAUCUAUAUUCCGCAAGUCCUUUGAGAUUAAGAGAGCGUCAUUUGACGAGACGAGCUCUACCGGUUUCCUUGGAGGUGUCAAGCUUGAGAAGAAGAAGGAGGAUUUUCAUCAAAAGGUGCUUCAAGACCAGGCCAAAGGGGACAGCAAGGUUCAUCCAGCUAUGCGAAAGACUUUCCUGGGUCACGGCUCAUUUACACCUCUCAAAGUCAACACCCAGCCAGAUGCGCAGAAGAAAUACCCACCCAUCUCGCUCAAUACAUCCGGCGCGAAAAUGCCGUCGGCGAAAUCACAGAAAUCACCGGGAAGAAGGGGUUCUGUGAAUAUUUAUCUGUGGAGCGCUCGUGCGAGACGGGGUUCCGUUAGUGAUGAUUGCGCUGUUGAUGAUACGGAAGACGAGGGUGACCAGAACAAAGUGCACACGCCCGAUAGUGAGAUUCUAUACCACAAGGCUCAAGGUUUGAAUCGAAGAGGUGGUCUCUACGUCAAGAAGGAUCAGAAUGAAGGGGACAAGUCAAACAUCGAAGACAAGAACUCACCCAAGAAUGCUGAGAAGCAAGCAACACCACGCACUUCAAACCAAAGUCUGAAGCAAACCCCGACAGUCAACGUCCCCAAGUCCGAAAACCCUCCCAAGCAAGACACCAUCACAGUAUCAAGACCACCGAUAGCAUCCGCACAACAUCCAACCAGGAGAUCGUCCGCCGCAUCAGGUCUCUCCAUCCCUCCCACGCCUCCGCGAAAAAGCUCAAAGAGACGAGGUUCUCUUACCUUGUUAACCCGUCUCAACCACUCCCAACCUUCCGACGAACCAUCAACCGCCAAGAGCGCACCAGUGGAUAAAUCGUCAAAAGAGAAGUUGUUUAGGCAUAACCCACCGAGCAUCCGCUACGAGCAGACUCAGCCAGGCGCGCGCCCAAAACCCAUCACCACAGACCCUGAACCCGCCGUUACCACCAAAUGGAACCUUAAGGAGGCUGCCAGAAGUGCGUUCGGUCGAGGUCAUUCUGUUCAAGGGUCUGUUUCUUCGACGGCAAGUUCGUCUACCGUUGGACCUCCGGUGCCACCAAAGAAUAACGCGCAUGCUUUGAGUACUGCCAACGCUGCACCUAUCCGUACUCAGCACGUUCAUAUCCCUAAACAUCUCACCCUACCAACAUCGUGCUCUCCAACAGGUCGUCGGCCCAUGACGAGUUCCUCUGAUUCAUCAUACUCUGACGCGAUUCUAUCUGUAUCUCCCCUCAGCACACCGCGCUCAACACCUCCUCAAUCCGAAAUGGGCCACUCUCCCAGAAUAGUAUCCGGAAAGCCCGCAAACGCCGGCGCGUACUGGUCCUACGCAAACUCACCUCAACUUGCGCCCAGCGAUAAUUUGGACGCAGACGUUGACUCUAUCCAAGAAGAAGCCAACAGAGUUAUGGAAACAUUUUCCAACGCCAACUCCACACCGCGCAGACAAACCCCUUCCGAUGAACGAAGCUUUACGCACACCCUCAAGCAUAGCAGAGGUCCUGUCCGAUCACCUGUUCAAGGCCAUAGACCUGCUCUCUCAGAUUCUGAAUCAGUAAAGGCUGUUAAAACACUUCGUCGGCAGUCCAAUUUGGAACACCACCAGCAUCACGGUGAACCAAGCGCCAAGAUGUUUGUUGAAUGCUGCGCUUGCAGCCGCUACCACGACAUGCCGAGUAAACUCUACGAAGCCAUGUCCAACCCAGAUGGUGUGUUGAGCACUGGAUCAACUGAUUAUGCGGGUAGUUUGAGCAUGACUGUUAAGUGUGCUUGGUGUAGACAUGAGAUGAGCACCAGAUGCUGUGCGGGAUUCGCAGCCAUGGUGUACAUCAAGGAACGCUUCCAUUGA